AUGGCAAAAUUCGCAGUUGGUGGUCAGAUCAUAUGGUCUACAUUGCUGGUUGGAUUGAAACCUUCUGGCUUCAAUAUCAUGGAUAUAAUUUUUGAGGAUUUUUGGUACCAAAAAAACAUCACGGCGGAUCAAUUGAUUUUGGCCGAGGAAGAGCAAUUACAGGUAAUCGAUUUUGGGACUGAUGCUCAACAGUCUUGGAAGAAAGAUGCAACAAUCGAAAUCGAUACUGUGACAACACGUUCAUGUAUUGAUGUUGAUAAUGAUAAUUAUUUGUCUUCUAUCUUCAACGGUACAAGCCACGAAGUCCCGAUGACUUGGCUCGCCGAAUUCAACAAUGUAGCACGAUCAAAUGGACUUAAUAACGCGGGAAAAGUGGCAUGUGUAGUCACCUACUUACAAGGAGCCGUCGGAACAUGGUUUGACAAACGCAAAGCAAAUAAUGACGCCUGGCCAACCCUCAAUUCCACGCAUCAAACGAUAUUCGUAGAUAUCAGCACAGGCAAUUGA